AUGAUGCUCUUCCAAACCGAGAGGUUAAGAGAGAUCGAAACACCCUCCCUGAACUUGGACUCUUGUAGAAUAAGUGAGACUAUUUUUCGGUUCAGACCUGAGAAGUCUGUCCGUAGGAAGAGACAUGAGGUCUAUCCUAAUCUCCGAAACUGUUGUAACACCUACAAGAAACUGACUACCUUGACUUACCAACCAUCCUUGCGAACAAUAUCAACAAAACCCUUAAAGAAAUACUCUACCAGCUACAUCCCAGUGCACCUUGCUUCUCCACACCCACACGUAUUCUCAAACCACUCGACAGUUUUCCGUUCUCGAGCUGGACUACCACAAAUGCAUCGCUCUUGA